AUGGGUGCCAUAGCCGUUUUCAUUGUCCCAUUUACAGCAGAACGGACCAACAGCCUCGUCCCAUUUACAGCAGAACGGACCAACAGCCUCGUCCCAUUUACAGCAGAACGGACCAACAGCCUCGUCCCAUUUACAGCAGAACGGACCCAAAAGCCUCGUCCAUUUACAGCAGAACGGACCAACAGCCUCGUCCCAUUUACAGCAGAAACGGGCCAAACAGCCUCGUCCAUUUACAGCAGAACGGACCAACAGCCUCGUCCAUUUACAGCAGAACGGACAACAGCCUCUCCCAUUUACAGCAGAACGGGACCACAGCCUCGUCCCAUUUACAGCAGAACGGACCAACAGCAUCUCACAUUUACAGCAGAAACGGACCAACAGCCUCGUCCAUUUACAGCAGAACGGACCAACGCCUUUACAUUACAGCAGAAAAAGGACCAACAGCCUUUCCACAUUUACAGCAGAACGGACCAACAGCUCGUCCAUUUACAGCAGAACGGACCAACAGCCUCGUCCCAUUUACAGCAGAACGGACCAACAGCCUUUCACAUUUACAGCAGAACGGACCAACAGCCUCUCACAUUUACAGCAGCACGGACCAACAGCCUCGUCCAUUUUACAGCAGAACGGACCAACAGCCUCUCAUAUUUACAGCAGAACGGACCAACAGCCUUUCCCAUUUACAGCAGAACGGACCAACAGCCUCUCCACAUUUAUCAGCAGAAUCGGACCAACAGCUCUCACAUUUACAGCAGAAAGGACCACAGCCUUUCCAUUUACAGCAGAACGGACCAACAGCCUUCACAUUUACAGCAGAACGGACCAACAGCCUCGUCCAUUUACAGCAGAACGGACCAACAGCCUCUCACAUUUACAGCAGAACGGAACCAACAGCCUUUCACAUUUAAGCAGAACGGACCAACAGCCUCGUCCAUUUACAGCAGAACGGACCAACAGCCUCGUCCCAUUACAGCAGAACGGACCAACAGCCUCGUCCAUUUACAGCAGAACGGACCAACAGCCUCGUCCCAUUUACAGCAGAACGGACCAACAGCCUCUCAAUUUACAGCAGAACGGACCAACAACCUCGUCCCAUUUACAGCAGAACGGACCAACAGCCUUUCACAUUUACAGCAGAACGGACCAACAACUUCUCAUAUUUACAGCAGAACGGACCAACAGCCUCGUCACAUUUACAGCAGAACGCACCAACAGCCAUUCACCAUUUACAGCAGAACGGACCAACAGCCUCGUCCCAUUUACAGCAGAACGGACAACAGCCUCGUCCCAUUACAGCAGAACGGACCAACAGCCUUUCCAAUAUUUACAGUAGCACGGACCAACAGCCUCUCACAUUUACAGCAGAACGGACCAACAGCCUCGUCACAUUUACAGCAGAACGGACCAACAGCCUCGUCCCAUUUACAGGAGAACGGACCAACAGCCUCGUCCUAUUUACAGCAGAACGGACCAACAGCCUUUCCCAUUUACAGCAGAACGGACCAACAGCCUCGUCCCAUUUACAGCAGAACGGACCAACAGCCUCGUCCCAUUUACAGCAGAACGGACCAACAGCCUCGUCCCAUUUACAGCAGAACGGACCAACAGCCUCGUCCCAUUUACAGCAGAACGGACCAACAGCUCCUUUCACAUUUACAGCAGCACGGACCAACAGCCUCUCAACAUUUACAGCAGAACGGACCAACAACCUCGUCCCAUUUACAGCAGAACGGACCAACAGCCUCUCACAUUUACAGCAGAACGGACCAACAGCCUCGUCACAUUUACAGCAGAACGGACCAACAGCUUCUCAUAUUUACAGCAGAACGGACCAACAGCCUCGUCACAUUUACAGCAGAACGCACCAACAGCCUUUCCCAUUUACAGCAGAACGGACCAACAGCCUCGUCACAUUUACAGCAGAACGGACCAACAGCCUCGUCCCAUUUACAGCAGAACGGACCAACAGCCUUUCAAAUUUACAGUAGCACGGACCAACAGCCUCUCACAUUUACAGCAGAACGGACCAACAGCCUCGUCACAUUUACAGCAGAACGGACCAACAGCCUCGUCACAUUUACAGCAGAACGGACCAACAGCCUCGUCCCAUUUACAGCAGAACGGACCAACAGCCUUUCACAUUUACAGCAGAACGGACCAACAGCCUCGUCCCAUUUACAACAGAACGGACCAACAGCCUUCACAUUUACAGCAGAACGGACCAACAGCCUCGUCACAUUUACAGCAGAACGGACCAACAGCCUCGUCCCAUUUACAGCAGAACGGACCAACAGCCUCGUCCCAUUUACAGCAGAACGGACCAACAGCCUCGUCCAUUUACAGCAGCACGGACCAACAGCCUCGUCCCAUUUACAGCAGAACGGACCAACAGCCUCGUCCCAUUUACAGCAGAACGGACCAACAGCCUUUCACAUUUACAGCAGAACGGACCAACAGCCUGUCCCAUUUACAGCAGAACGGACCAACAGCCUUUCCACAUUUACAGCAGAACGGACCAACAGCCUCUCCAUUUACAGCAGAACGGACCAACAGCCUUCACAUUUACAGCAGAAACGGACCAACAGCCUCUCCCAUUUACAGCAGAACGGACCAAUAGCCUCGUCCCAUUUACAGCAGAACGGACCAACAGACUCGUCCCAUUUACAGCAGCACGGACCAACAGCCUCGUCUCAUUUACAGCAGCACGGACCAACAGCCUCGUCCCAUUUACAGCAGAACGGACCAACAGCCUCGUCCCAUUUACAGCAGAACGGACCAACAACCUCGACUUAG